GGAUGGCGGGCGCCCGGGCUGGCGGAUGGCUACGCGGCGGAGGGGUGCGCGAGCGAGCGAAGCCUGGUGUGUCGGGUCCUGGCGAAGGGAAAAGGCCCUGUCGUCUCCUGUAGUCACCCCGAGCCCAGCGCCACCAUCUUGGGAGAAACACGGAUCUCGCGGCCGCGGCGCAAGACGGGAGGACUGGCUGGGCGGGCCGAGUAUCCCGGCAGGCAGCGCGCGCCGCCCGGCCGGGCGAGGGCUCCAGGCCGGGACGCGGGGACGUGGGGCGGGGCCAAGACGCGCGGGAGGGCGCCGCGCUCCGCCCCUCCUUCCCUCGCCGGCUCCGCCUCCCCCCCGCUUGCCGUCCCCGCCGGCGCACGGGCCGUUGGGAAGAGGAGGUGGCCCGCGGCCCCUCGGAGUCCCACCAGGGUCGGUCGCCAUCUUGCGACUGGACAGAAAGGGUGUGUUUUUCCCAGAAAAACAACUUUGUAUCUACUAAGUGAACAGUGAUUUCUUCAGACUUUUCUUGUCAAAAUGAGACCCAGUGGUUUCUAAUGAUUUUCUCAUUUCAAGUGUACAGUAAAAAGAACAAUUUAAUUUUAUAAACAUCUGCAUCAAUGCCUUGAGCAAACUUUGAGCUAAUGUUUACCCAGAACUAUUUGUAUGUCAUACGUUGGACUACUUGAACUACUAUUUAUGUUCCAGACCUUGGGAAACAAUAAAAGAUGAACAGUCUCUAUCCCUGCCCUCAAGAACUUGCAGUUCAAGAGGAAGUCACACCUGUAAGAUUGGACGCUUUUUCAGAGUAACCCAACACUUCAUUGAUCAUGGGGGGUACCUACUAAUAUGUAUCUGCUAAUACUAACAAACAUUUUAUUUUAUUAUUAUUUUUUUGAGAUGGAGUCUCGCUCUGUCGCCCACGCUGGAGUGCAG